UUUGUAUUGCAAACUUUGGACUCAAAACUUGCAAAAUUCUUAAAUAAACACUUAAGACAUUAGAAGUAUUUAAGAACUUACUUAAAGGCUGACAUACAAAGGCUUUUUAAAAUUAUAAGUUUGUAGUGCAAACUUAAGGGCUUUCAUGGAUUACUUUAAAGGAUUUAUAGCUAUUUAAUAACAGAGGAGAACGAUUUAAGGGCUAAAAACAGUCUCCCAUUAGUCACAAUGAGAAAACUCCUGCCAUCACUAUUAUUCUUGUUACUAAAACUGUCAUAUACCUUUGCGGGAAGUCCCUUUGUGGCCACUACUUGGGCCUUCACCCAAGCAACGAUAAACGCAUGGGAGCAAUUAAACUCAUACGAUCUGGCCCUAGACGCUUUAACUGUUGGCUGUAGAACCUGUCAAGCCAUGCAGUGCGACUUUACGGUGGGUUAUGGGGGAAGCCCCGAUGAAAAUGGAGAAUCCACUUUGGAUGCCCUAAUAUUUGACGGAAACACCAUGAACAUGGGGGCCGUAGGUGGCUUAAGAGGCAUCAAGGACGCCAUAGGGGUAGCCCGUAAGGUUCUCGAGAACACUCAGCAUUCGUUUCUAGUCGGUUCGCUUGCUACAGCUUUUGCUAAGGAUAUGGGAUUCCCCGAGGAGUCCCUCACAACCAAUUACUCCUCGAAUCAAUACGAAACCUGGAAGGAAUCCAACUGUCAACCCAAUUUUUGGCAGGACGUUACUCCAGACCCAACCAAGAGCUGUGGUCCUUAUAAACCAAAAAGUACAUGCUCCCUAAGGCGCAGACACCCAGAUCCCAUUUUAACCAAUGAGAUUCCCCAAGAUAUACCAGAAAGCGUGUUUAACACAGGUAACCAUGACACCAUCGGUAUGAUCGUUAUGAACGCUUAUGGUCAUUUGGUGGCUGGUACGUCGACUAAUGGGGCUAAUCAUAAAAUUCCCGGGAGGGUAGGCGAUUCGCCUAUUCCAGGAGCGGGAGCCUACGCGGACAGCGAGGUGGGAGCCGCAGUAGGCACUGGAGAUGGUGACGUCAUGAUGAGGUUCUUGCCAAGUUUUUUAGCGGUAGAACAGAUGCGUCAAGGAGCCACGCCCAGUCAAGCAGCCCAAACAGCAAUUGAUCGCAUAACCCGGAAAUAUCCGUCGUUCUUCGGAGGAAUCGUGGCCGUGGAUAAAAAUGGCACUGUCGGUGCAGCCUGCAAUGGAAUGGACAGAUUUCCGUAUACUGUGGCCAAUAGGACGAGCAACGGUGCUGUGGUGUAUUAUGCCGAUUGUAAACAAACAUAGAUUUAUGUAAUUUAUGUCAUUAGUUUAGCAUGAAAUAAUAUAAAAUUUAUAUAAAUA